GCUACAGCCGGAGCUGGGCGGCGGCGGGCGCUGCCCCAGGAGUCUCGGCGAGCCGGAGGUCGUGGCGCAAUGGAGGGAGUAGAAGAAAAUGGGAGUAUGCAAGUUGGAGAAUUGUUACCUUGCAAGAUUUGUGGAAGAACAUUCUUCCCAGUGGCAUUAAAAAAGCAUGGGCCCAUUUGUCAGAAAACUGCCACUAAAAAACGAAAGACUUUUGAUUCCAGCAGACAAAGAGCUGAAGGAACAGAUAUUCCAACAGUAAAGCCUCUUAAACCUAAGCCUGAACCACCAAAGAAACCAUCUAAUUGGAGAAGAAAACAUGAAGAAUUUAUUGCUACCAUAAGAGCAGCUAAAGGCCUUGAUCAGGCGCUUAAAGAGGGAGGCAAACUUCCUCCUCCUCCUCCACCUUCUUAUGAUCCUGAUUAUAUUCAGUGUCCAUAUUGCCAGAGGAGAUUUAAUGAAAAUGCAGCUGAUAGACAUAUAAAUUUCUGUAAAGAACAGGCAGCACGUAUUAGUAAUAAAGGCAAAUUUUCUACUGAGAGCAAAGGAAAAGCAACAUCUCGAACACAGUAUAAGCCACCUGCGCUUAAAAAAUCAAAUUCUCCUGGAACUACACCAUCAGGAUCUUCACGAUUACCGCAACCAAGUGGCACUAGCAAAACUGUUGUAGGUGUGCCUUCAGGUAAAGUGUCUUCAGUUGGCAGCUCUUUGGGAAACAAACUUCAGACCUUAUCUCCCUCCCAUAAAGGGAUUGCAGCUCCUUACAUAGGUAAGAUGGACAAGUUAGGCCCUCCACUUCGAACUGGAAGACAUGUGCAAAGGUUGUAUGACAGUGAUACAAAAUCAGACAGUGCCAUCAAAAGACAUGAGUUAUUACCCAUUUACAAAGCUAACAUCAAACCUCGAAAUACCACACCCCCUAGUUUGGCACGAAAUCCUGCCUCAAGUGUGCCUACAAGCAAAAGAAAAACAUAUACUGAGAGCUACAUAGCCAGGCCAGAUGGAGACUAUUUAUCUUCACUUAAUGGAGGAAACAUUAAAGGCAUUGAAGGAAAUUCAACAGGACACUUACCAAAAUUCUGCCAUGAGUGUGGGACUAAAUACCCCGUAGAAUGGGCUAAGUUCUGCUGUGAAUGUGGCAUUCGAAGAAUGGUUCUGUGAACAGAAUCCAAUAAGAAAAAAGCUAAAUCCAGAAUUUUGUAACUAUUGAUGUUUGGACAGUUAGAAUAGUUCCUCAAGUGAUUUUAUGCUAAAAUUACUCAAUACUUUUUCAGCAAUUUUUGGAUCAUAAUCCUUUGGCUCUCUUAUGUGUGUGAGUGCAUAUAUAUGUGUGUGUACAUAUACUGUAUAUAAUAAAUACCUGAUACCCCAAA